UUUGUUCCAGAAUUAAAAAUUUCUAUCUGAAAAAUGUUGAUCGAAAAAGAAAGGAUUUUGCCUCUUAUAUAUCGAGGAUUUGGAGACCGUGUUAGAUCAUAUCAGGAAGUAGCUGAUCUCUUCAAUGCUACACAUCCUGAUCGCACCCCUAUUUCUAAAUCUACUGUUCAGUACAUAGUGACACGUUUUUUGGAAACUGGAACAGUUCAAGACCGACCUCGUAGCGGAAGACCGAAAUCCGCAAUAAAUAAUGAUAUGAGUUUGGAUGUUUUGCUGUCAUUUCAAGAAAAUCCUCAUAUAUCUGUGCCAAGAACAGCACAAGCCCAGGAUAUCAGUCAAAAUGAAGCUAUGUUUCAAGUAAACGGUUCUGUUAAUCGUCACAAUUGCAGAUACUGAAGUGAUGAAAAUCCACAUUGGAUGAGUGAUCUUCGAACAUAGUAUCCACAAAAAUUGAAUGUCUGGCCAGGAAUUUGCAGUCGCGGUAUUAUUGGUCCAUUUUUGAUAGACGGUAAUUUGAAUGCGGAAAAGUAUGAAAAUUUAUUGCGAGAUCAUAUUAUACCCGACAUAUGAAAUAAAUUUGGCGCAGACAUGCAACAUGUUUGGUUCCAGCAAGAUGGAGCACCGCCUCAUUACGCAAUAAGAAGUCGAGAAUUUCUGAAUCGUUCUUUUCCUGGUCGAUGGAUAGGUAGGAGGGAUGCUAUUGAGUGGCCUGCUAGAUCACCUGAUUUGUCUCUUUUAGAUUUUUUUCUUUGGGGAUAUCUCAAAAACUAGGUUUAUGCGACAAAACCACGUGAUUUGGAAGACCUUAGCAAUCGAAUAAUGCGGGAAGCAUCUCUCAUCACUUUAGAACAAAUAAACGAUGUGCUCAGUCAUUUCUAUGAACGUUUAGCUCAUUGUCAAAUGGUAGAAGGAAGACAAUUUGAACAUUUAAUUAAUUGA